CGAAAUCUUUACACCCCCAACAAAGUUUCAUAUCCCGCCACAAAACAAAACCACGAUCCACGCCACGCGUAUUCCCAGACAACACCCACCAUCGAUCCCACUUUAUCAACGUCUCAAAAUAACCCAAACCCAAACCCAAGGAUCAACGCCUUCACCCGCUCCCGCUAUAAAUAAACUCCUCCCACUCAUCCCAUUACCACACCGCACAAUCAUCUCACAUUCUCAGUAACUCCAUUUGCAAAACGACGCCGUAAGCUUCGAAGAUGUCUGGCCGUGGAAAGGGAGGCAAGGGCCUGGGCAAGGGCGGAGCCAAACGGCACCGUAAGGUCCUUAGAGACAACAUCCAGGGCAUCACCAAGCCUGCGAUUCGAAGGCUCGCCAGAAGAGGAGGCGUGAAGAGAAUCAGCGGCCUCAUCUACGAAGAGACCAGAGGUGUUCUCAAGAUCUUCUUGGAGAACGUGAUUCGCGACGCCGUGACCUACACCGAGCACGCUCGGAGGAAGACGGUGACCGCCAUGGAUGUUGUCUACGCGCUCAAGAGGCAGGGCAGGACCUUGUACGGAUUCGGGGGUUAAUUUUGUAAAUUCAGGGAUCGAAUUUUAAACGGUCCAGAUUCCGCGUUGUAAUUUUUCGCUAUGAUUCGAAAUCCAAGUAUCUUUUCUUUGUUUGCAUGCCCCCUUUCUGCAAAAUAGUGUAACAUUUGGAAACGGGGUUUCUAAAGGAAUGAUGAAAAAGAUACAGGGUA